AGUGCAAGAGAGGAGAGAAUCACUAACGGUGUUUAUAUGUUUAGGGACAAAGUUGUCUGUUGAGUACUAAAUUGGUGGGUUUUAAAAUAUUUUGGACCUAAUUAGUAUUAUCACAAAAGGUUUGUGAAAUUUACCCAAAACCAAAAAAACCUACCCACUAACCCGAUAGAAAUAGAAAGAGGAGGUGUUUUCGGCGGGGCUCCGGCCAAUACUUUAUCGGUGAUCCUGAAUGCGCUCUUAGUUUCUGCUAAAUGAAGCACUAGUUCUAAUUGGAGCCCGCAAUGGAAGGAUUGAAGGUUUCAGAUGCCAAUUUGGUAGUUUACGUGCACCCAUCAAAGAGUAACAAGGUUCCACAAGCGGUUCUCCGUGAGCUUAGUUCUCUGCUUUUCAGGUUCAAUGAAAGUUUUGAUGGUGUGGUUUUAGCUUAUGACGUCCAAAUUCAAGACAAAAUUGCAAAGAUUCUUCCAGGAUUUCACCCUUAUUUUGGUGUGAAGCUAAAAGCAAAGUUGUUACUUUUUGCUCCAAAGCCAAAUAUGCUUUUAGAGGGAAAGGUGGUGAAACUUACGGAAAGAUCGAUUCAUGUCAUUGUUCUUGGUUUUUCAUCUGUUGUCAUAACAGGUGAAGACAUUCGAGAAGAUUUCAAUCAUAAAAUUAAACAUGGUGAUGAACUAUUUGCUAGCAGAUCUCAAAAGCGACAUGUGAUAAAGGUUGGAACCAUGAUUCGCUUUUUAGUCAAAAGUUUUGAUGAGGAAAGACUGCACAUUUCUGGAUCUCUACUUCCAGCUAACACAGGAAGCAUUCGCUGGUUGGCUAGACAUUCGGAAGAUUUUUCAGUAUCUGACAGGAGUACAAGGAAAAGGAGUGAAAGUGAAGGAGAAUUGGUAGGCGGGGAAACAUAUUCAUUGAACAAUGACCAUCAAAUCAAGAAAUCAAAGAAGCAUAGAAUUAGAGAAUAGUCUUAAAGAUUGUUGGUUCUACAAUACACAAGAUGUUCUCUCGUUUUCAUGGGAUUGUGCAAGGCAAUCUGUUCUCAUGUAUUUGUUUGCCAAACUUGUUGCGUAGAAUUUUUUUAGUUUUUUAAGUCUGCUUUUGAUUUGUUUCUGACCUCAUUAAUCUCACUUCGUCAUUUUUGUCAAUCUGAAAGCUUUUGUAUCA